GAGAGAGAUAGAGCAGCUGGAGCGCUUCACUAUGGACCAGCACGGCCGCCGCGCUCUCUGACAGAUCGUCUACAUUCUAGUUUUGCUUGGACAACUCUCCAAACACACAGGUUAUGCCACCCCACAGGCUGACUGGAAAUCCAGCCGUGAAAGAGAAGGGCUGAUCCCAGACCCCCUCGUGUUCCCGCAGCUGCGCCCCUCCCUGUCCCCAUGGCGACAGGAGGUCAUGCCCCCGAGACAGAUGUGUUAAUCAACCUGCAUCAGGUUUUGUCAGAAGAAGAGAAGGACUCCACAGCAGGACAAGAAGAUGAGGAAUGGGAGAAGGCCUUGUCUGUGGAGAGGUUCGGGGACAUCAUUACUGAGUCUGCCAUCAAUGGCGCAGACAAAAUGGGCCGCAGCUACAAUGAGAAAGACUUUGAGUAUCACCGGCACACCUUCCACCACACCCACCACCCCCUGUCCACCCACCUCCCACCGCAGCGUUUCCGCAAGAGGGUUCUCAGCAUGGACCGCCGGCGAAAGAAAAAGAGGAAGAAAAAGAAGACGUCCGUGCCCCCGUCAGAUGUCACGCCCACUAUUCAUGAGGUGGAUGAGGAGGAGGCGGAGUCUGAGACGGAGGGCCAGUGCCAAGCAGCCACGCCCACUGAGCCAUCUGAAGAGCUGCCUCAGCUCAGUUUGGGAAGUGAGGAGGACUUGGCGGCCGACCUCUCUAUCACCAGUUUUCAUCUGGAGAGCGAGAGACCCCCGGGCAGCGAGGAGACCCCACCCAUCCCUGCCGGAAUGGAGGAGAAAACACAAGAACGACCGGAUGGAGAAGAGGAGGAAAAGAUUUCAAACCGGUUUAGCCCUUCUCCAGAACCUGCCAGUAUGACAACACGAGGCUGGUUUCGCAGGAAGCCCGUCCACCGGCUGGCUGGAGCCCAGCGGAACAGCUACGACCUACGAGAACGCAUCUGCAUAGGCAGCAUGACAGCCAUGGAGACUGCGGUCUACCAGAAAGUUCCCACAGACGAAGCAGAGGCGCAGAUGCUUGCCAGCGCUGACCUGGAUGACAUGAAAAGUCACCGUUUCGAGGACAAUCCUGGGGUUAGACGACACCUCGUCAAGAAAUCAUCCCGCUGUCAAAUACCACGAUCCAGCAAUAGCUCACCUCCUCUGUCCAGUCUGAAGAGGAGAAAGAGGACGGACAAGAAAACUCAUGAGGUGUUUGUGGAGCUCAACGAGCUGAUAGUGGAUAAGAACCAGGAGAUGCGCUGGAAAGAGACGGCACGUUGGAUCAAGUUUGAGGAAGACGUGGAGGAGGAGACGGAUCGCUGGGGUAAACCGCAUGUGGCCUCGCUGUCCUUCCGUAGCCUGCUGGAGCUCCGCAGGACCAUCACACAUGGUGCCAUAAUGCUAGAUCUGGAUCAAACCUCACUGCCUGGCAUCGCCCACUUGUUGGUGGAAACCAUGAUCAUCUCGGACCAGAUCAGAGCCGAAGACCGAGCCAACGUGCUGCGAGCGCUUCUGCUCAAACACAGUCACCCCAAUGACGAGAAAGAGGGCCUUUUCCAUCGGAACCACUCUGUCAACAGCCUGGGCAGCUUCCGUCACAACCACAAUCACGUUCACGACACCAGCUUACCUCUGGUGUCCCAGGAUCACGAGGAAAUGCAUGACACCAAAGCGGCAGAACAUGAUAAAGAGGUGCUUGUGGCAUUAUUUAAAAGCCUCCACCCUGUCUCAACUGAGGGACAUGCUGCCGCCAGAUCUAUGAAACUUUUGGCAAAGAUUCCCAAGGAUGCCGAGGCCACAGUGGUCUUAGUGGGGUGUAUGGAGUUCCUAGAGAAGCCCGCGAUGGCCUUUGUCCGGCUGAACGAGGCUGUCCUUCUGGAGUCCGUUCUGGAAGUCCCCGUCCCGGUUCGGUUCAUCUUUGUGCUGCUGGGCCCCACGCAGACCAACAUGGACUAUCAUGAGAUUGGGCGCUCCUUCUCAACCCUAAUGUCUGAUAAGAACUUCCACGAGGUAGCAUACUUUGCUGAUGACCGCCAGGACCUGCUUAAUGGAAUCAAUGAGUUCUUAGACUGCAGUAUUGUAAUUCCACCAUCGGACGUCGAGGGAAAAGACCUGCUGAAGACCGUGGCCUCCUUCCAGAAACAGAUGCUACGCAAGCGCAAAGAGAGGGAGCACAAAAGAUGCGGCAGUACUCUUGCAGGAGCUGACCUGGAGACCAAAGACGUGAGUACGGAUGAACAGGAGGAGGAGGAUCAGUUUGAUGUUGACCCCCUCAAGCGCUCUGGUAUUCCCUUUGGAGGUGUGAUCCAUGAUAUUCGCCGCCGUUAUCCGCGCUAUCUAAGCGACCUGAAGGACGCCAUUGACACACAAUGUUUGGCUGCUGUCAUUUUCAUUUAUUUUGCUGCUCUUUCACCCACUAUCACCUUUGGAGGUUUAUUAGGUGAGAAGACACAAGGCAUGAUGGGAGUCUCUGAGCUCAUCAUCUCCACGGCGACAGUGGGUGUGCUGUUCUCCCUGCUAGCUGGACAGCCCUUGCUCAUAAUUGGUUUCUCUGGACCACUUUUGGUCUUUGAGGAGGCUUUUUAUAAGUUCUGCCAGGCGCAGGGCUUCGAAUAUCUCACAGGCCGAGUGUGGAUUGGGUUCUGGCUCAUCUUCAUUGUCCUGGUGAUUGUGGCGGCUGAGGGCAGCUUCCUCGUACGCUACAUCUCCCCUUUCACCCAAGAGAUCUUUGCAUUUCUCAUCUCUCUUAUUUUCAUCUUUGAAACCUUCUCUAAGCUCAUCAAGGUGUUUCAAGAGCACCCUCUGAUGAAGAGCUACCCUACAGCUCCUGUACUGUCUGCCUUCAAACCCAUAGACAAAGGUGUGAUUGCAGAACCCAUCCUCAACCAGCCCAACACAGCCCUGCUAUCCUUAGUACUCAUGAUAGGAACCUUUUUUGUGGCCUUCUUUCUGCGAAAAUUUCGGAACAGCAGAUUCCUUGGUGGAAAGGCCAGACGAAUCAUUGGCGAUUUCGGGAUUCCCAUCUCUAUACUGAUCUCGGUGCUGGUGGACUGCACCAUUCCUGAUACGUACACACAGAAGCUGAACGUCCCCUCUGGUUUCUCGGUCACAUCUCCGGACAAACGGAGCUGGUUUAUCAGUCCUUUAGGAGAUAAACAGCCUUUUCCGGUUUGGAUGAUGGGGGCCUCAGUGAUCCCGGCCCUGCUUGUUUUUAUCCUCAUAUUCAUGGAGACACAAAUCACCACCUUGAUAGUGAGCAAGAAGGAGAGGCGUUUGGUCAAGGGUUCUGGCUUUCAUCUGGACCUGCUUCUGAUAGUGUCUUUGGGAGCUAUCUGCCCACUCUUCGGCCUGCCCUGGCUGACUGCUGCCACUGUGCGCUCGGUGACUCAUGUGAAUGCUUUGACAGUCAUGAGCAAAGCCACUGCCCCUGGAGAGAAGCCCAUGAUCCAAGAAGUUAAAGAGCAGAGGGUGACAGGGAUGUGUGUGGCUAUCCUAGUGGGGUUGUCUAUAGUGAUGACAGAUGUGCUGCGUCAUAUUCCUCUGGCUGUGCUGUUUGGGAUAUUUCUGUACAUGGGCAUCACUUCUCUUACUGGUAUCCAGCUUUAUGAGCGUAUCACCCUCAUGGUCACUCCCGCUAAACAUCACCCCGACCACAUCUAUGUUACCAAGGUGAAGACUUGGCGUAUGAACAUGUUCACCAUCAUUCAGUUGUUGUGUAUCGUCCUGCUGUGGGUGGUGAAGUCGACCAUAGCCUCUCUGGCCUUUCCCUUCAUCUUAAUCAUGACCGUACCUUUGCGUAGACUCAUCCUGACCAGGAUCUUUGAGGAGAGAGAGCUUGCAGCGUUGGAUGCCGAUGAGGAUUCGCCCAAUUUUGAUGAAGAUGGACGCGAUGAGUACAACGAGAUCCACAUGCUUGUCUAGACGCAGGUCACCUCGUCACUGACCGAUCGAUCGCAGGUCUAUGCAUUAUGGGAAAGGUGUACGGAAUCUGAAGAACUCUGAUACACUGCCGUCUUUCAGAAUUAUUUCAUGUGUACUUUGAAAUCAUAUUUUGGAUACUUAUUACUUACUUUUUUUUUUCUCCCAAAAACGUGGCCUACAUGUUUGACUGCUGCUGCCCAGUGACCUUUGAAUAUAAUAUAAUAUAAUAUAUAGAUAUGGCCCGUGCACCUUACCUUAGACCUCCCAAAGUGCAAUGAUGGUGAGACAAAUCCAAUAAGUUGCGCCUGUAGAUCUUUGUUGCCUUGUACUGUACUGUACAAGGCAUUGUACAGUACUGUACUGUACUGUUUCAAGAGGCAUUGACCAUCUAUUGGUCUGAAUAUUACAGUAGCAUGACCUCUCGGUGCCCUUUAGAGUGGUCAAUCCCUUUGCUGUGCAGUCCCGUCGCUUGAAAACAGUAGUGCAGUCCCUUUAGACGUACUUUAUGCAGUAGUGAGAUUACUUAGAUUGAUGUAUGCAGUGGUUACAAUACAUUUAAAGGUGCUAUAUGGAAUAGCAUGAAGAAAAUGUCCCUGCUUCCUGACAGAUAUCACUCUCGGCCUACUUUUGGGAGUUAGCGAAACGAACCGUCGAACGUGAUUUCCCUUCCAAACAGAUUCACUGCUAAAAGUUUAUUUUAUUUUCAAGAGAUUAAUUAUCUCUCAGAACAUGAUUUCCCUUCCAAACAGAUUCACUACAAAAAAAAGUGUAUUUUAUAUUAUAUUAUAUUAUUCAUGUUAUUUUUAUUUAUUUAUUUAUUUGUCUUGAAGUUUCCCAGAGUGAAUAAUUCAAAGCAACUCAGCUUUAUUUUGCUAUAUAUAAAUUUAGCAUUUAGAAUUUAUAGGGUUUAUUGCCCAAAUCUGUUGUUAUUAUAAAUAUUAGUUGUGUGUUUUCAAUAUAGAUCUUUUCAGAGAACUAAUUCCACUAAUUCCAUGCUGUUAUACUGCAGUGUAUUCGGGAACAGUUCCACUGAAAUAGGUUAAAGCCAUAGAAACCUGGAUUUCGUUGAUGGAGUAAAUGCUAACUUUUUGAAUCAAUAUGAUUCCAAAAGCUAUCAACUGCCUGGGUAUAUAUGGAUGCACUUGCAAUUGUUACAUUUUAGGCUUCAAUGAAACGUACUGCCAAAUUGUUAGUCAAGGUCAUGGAGGAUAGUGACAAUGUGCAUGACCUUUUAAAAUCCUCGUUAAGCCAACAAAUCCAUGUUUCCCUUGCCUUGAUAUAGCCUUUAAAGGUGAUGUGUGUGUUUUCUGUGUUCAAAUACUUUCUCCCAACCUAACUUAAUAUGCAGCAACAUAUUGAAAACAUUGCUCUGUUUGUUUGAGCAUCCCAACCAGCCCGACACAAUCAGCCAACGAUUUUAGUUCAGUGCGGGACGUUCGAAUCACCUUUUUUUAAAAAACCUUGUCAUCUUCAUCUCUUUCUUUGUGUUUUGAUAAAGAAAUUUCCUCUGAUCAAAACAGUCUCAAACAUAAGGCUCAUGCGGACCUGAAAACAGGAAGAAUCGUUCCAUUACAGUCAUGUUUUGAGUUCGGACAAUUGCCUUUAGAGAAAGCCGCCCUUUUGGACUGUAAAUAGCGUGCCGUCCAUGCGUGUAUUGAAUUUGUUUAUGCGUAAUACAGACUUCUUGGUCUAGUCACGCCACACUAGCUCAUUUCAUCACAAACACAUAUUCCACAUGUGUUUCUUUUUGCUCGUCGUUCCCCCCCGGUUUUUUUAGUGUGAAAACAAGGGGAAAUUUUGCAAUGCAGGAAUAUCUGCCAUGCAGUGCUGUGCUUCUCUGAAUAGAUGUUUAGUUUCUUGGAAAGCACAAAGCUAAGUGCUGCUUUCGAGCCUGAGAGCGGUAAGGGGAGAUCUGUGGUUGUGAAUGGCAGGUCUUUGAAGCACUUAAUACGAAGCCACACAUCUGAGGUGUUUUGCCGUGUAUUCUUAGUCGAGCCACCGGAUAGCUCUGUCCGGAAGCCAAAAGCGUAAACUGAUGGUAGAAUGUUGGUUUUAAUUUUUUUGCCCUCAGCAUUUAUUGGGGAUGUAGCUGAGUGAUGAAAUUAGAUGAGGACAAGCCAGCUGUAAUUGCUUGAGAAUCGGAUUCCCAGUGUGUGAAGCCUUUGGCAGGUCCAUCGGAUGGUGAAUUUUAGCUGCAUAUGUUAGCUGACCAAAGGCAAAUCUUAUUGCUCAGAAAUGGCUCUUUUUGUAGCUCAGGAGAGUUUUGAGUGAGGUUUUAUGUGAGGUGGCAUUCACAUUCCUUCUUUCGUUCUGUAAUGUGACAUUUCUGAUGAAACAGGAUUUUUUUUAAAUAGCCAAAAUAUAAGGUGGGACUUGAUUUUAUAAAUUAAGAAUUGAUUGGAUUUGUGAAAAGUGAGCAUUACACGUGGGGAAGGGGCCGGCAUAUUAGAGUGCUUGGUGAUCUCAGCAAACUGGAAAGUUGUUUGUGAUGUAGAGUGAGUUGUUGCACUUUUAAUGAGGACACACAUUGUUUCCUUGGAAAUAAUGUGCCAGGAACAUGCAUUAAUGAAGUAAGUUGGAUACAUUUAUUCAUCUCCGUGUUGACUUGGAUAUUUUUCCAAAAAAUACUUUGGAGAAGUUAAAUAAAAGUGAGACGAUUGUGUAUGCUGUUGCUAUAAAAUGAAUGUGGAAAGCAGCUCUGAUAAUCUGGUCUUGAAAACAAAUUGAUUUGUCCAUUUUCUUUCAAUUUAAAGGACAACUCCGGCGCUAAAUGAACCUUAAGUCUAAUUACACAUUG